ACCGGAAUCACUUUCGAUAACGCAACCGCCUGGGCAUACUGUGAGGAUGCGUUCAACAUUACGGUUUUAAAAAUUUGUUCACAGCUAAAGAAUUUUACGCAAACAGAUUAUUUGCAAAACUGUGUGGAUGACAUUUUGGCAAUAAAUGACACUGUUUUUACACCAACACAUGUCGACUUGCAAUAGAAGAAAUGCUAUUCGAUGAUGUCCGCAUCGCUUCCACCACCAGCAGAAGCCUUCAAAAACAUUUCACUUAUAGUGGACGGGAAAGAAGUAGAAAAUAUCACGGAUGAUGUCAUUCAGGAGUCCUUAGAACCUGAAUACACGACAGAAGUGUUGAAUGAGAUUGCCACCAAUGACUGCCCACAAGAGUGCUUCGGACGUGGGAAUUGUAACAACGGAACUUGUGAGUGUAACGAGGGAUUCGCCAGUUCAGAUUGCUCUGUAGACCUAUCAAAACCUGUGACUAUGUACGGAAUCCCGGACCGAGGAUAUUGUGAUUUGAAAUACAGACCGUGCGAAAGAACUUCAGUAUUUGGCACAAACAUUGCUACUACAGUCAAGUGUUAUUUGCAACACUACUGGGUAACGAACACUUCACAUAGGUAUACAGAGUUUACAUUUGAGACGGAGGGAUAUAUGCUUGCCCCAGACGAAAUCAAAUGUAUUUUGCCAACCGCAGAACCGACAAUCCCCGAUGGGUUUUUGGCAUUGGGAUACAAUGUUUCUCUUAGCAACGAUGGCAAUCUGUAUAGCGUCGAAGAUAUGAUCAUAGUUUAUGACAGUGAUUGUGUAAAUUGCACGAAGCUUGGCUCUGAAGUCAUAUGUGAAAGAAUAGACGGUUCCUGUAUGAAAGAUGGUUUGUGCUACGUUCAGAGCGAGUAUAUAGGCUGUUCAGAAUGCUCCAAUGCCCUUGGUGGAGACGUUACUUGGAUUUACCAAUGUGCCUUGACAGGAUGUAAUCCUUGUUUGAACAAUGCUAUAUGUAUCAAUGGCUACGAAGGAUAUAGUUGCAUGUGCGCAGAUGGCUGGAACGGGACACAUUGCGAGCAAAAUAUCAAUGAAUGUGAAAGCAAUCCCUGUGUAAACAACGGAACCUGUAUUGAUGGUGUGAACGGUUAUACUUGCGCCUGCACAGAUAGGUGGGAAGGACCGAAUUGCGAUUUAGACAUCGACGAUUGUCUUACCAACCAUUGCCAAAACAACGGUAGUUGUGAAGACGGUUUCAAACAGUACACAUGCAAAUGUGCUGGUGGCUUUGAUGGAACUCAUUGUGAAAACGAGAUUCCAACCUGUGAUGGAGAACCUUGUCAGAAUGGUGCGACAUGUCAUGAUAUGGCUGACGGGUAUUCUUGUACAUGCGCUGUUGGAUUUUCCGGAACCUUUUGUGAAAUAGACAGAGACGAGUGUGAAAAUGUUUCAUGUAAAAAUGGAGCAACUUGCAUUGACGGCGCUAACAGCUUCACUUGUCGGUGCGAUGUAGGAUGGGAGGGCACACAUUGUCAAAUAAAUACGGACGAUUGUGCUAGCGGCCCUUGCAUUAACGGUGCCACAUGCACUGACAGCAUUAACAACUAUAUCUGUACGUGUGUAGAUGGCUGGGAGGGAGAAAAAUGUGCAAUCAAUGUGGACGAUUGUGCUAGCGACCCAUGUGUGAACGGAGCCACCUGUACUGACGCAAUUAACAACUUCAACUGUUCAUGUGUUGAUGGCUGGGAGGGAGCAACGUGUGCAAUUGAUACGGACAAUUGUGCUAGCGAACCAUGUAGCAAUGGAGCGACCUGCAUUGACGGCAUUAACAGCUAUACUUGUGCAUGUGUUGAUGGCUGGCACGGACAAGCCUGUGAACGUAAUACGGACGAUUGUGCUGGCGACCCUUGUAAGAACGGGGCCAUUUGCAGUGACGGCAUAAACAGCUACACCUGUUCAUGUGUUGACGGCUGGGAUGGACCAACCUGUGAAAUUAAUACGGACGAUUGUGCUGGCGACCCUUGUAAGAACGGAGCCACUUGCAGUGACGGCAUAAACAGCUACAACUGUUCAUGUGUUGACGGCUGGGAUGGACCAACCUGUGAAAUUAAUGCUGACGAUUGUGCUGGCGACCCUUGUAAGAACGGAGCCACCUGCAGUGACGGCAUAAACAGCUACACCUGUUCAUGUGUUGAGGGCUGGGUUGGACCAACCUGUGAAAUAAAUACAGACGAUUGUGCUGGCGACCCUUGUAAGAACGGAGCCACCUGCAGUGACGGCAAAAACAGCUACACCUGUUCAUGUGUUGAGGGCUGGGAUGGACCAACUUGUGAAAUAAAUGCUGACGAUUGUGCUGGCGACCCUUGUAAGAAUGGAGCCACCUGCAGUGACGGCAUAAACAGCUACACCUGUUCAUGUUUUGACGGCUGGGAUGGACCAACCUGUGAAAAUAAUACAGACGAUUGUGCUGGCGACCCUUGUAAGAAUGGAGCCACCUGCAGUGACGGCAUAAACAGCUACACCUGUUCAUGUGUUGAGGGCUGGGAUGGACCAACCUGUGAAAUUAAUGCAGACGAUUGUGCUGGCGACACUUGUAAGAACGGAGCCACUUGCAGUGACGGCAUAAACAGCUACACCUGUUUAUGUGGUGAGGGCUGGGAUGGACCAACCUGUGAAAUAAAUGCUGACGAUUGUGCUGGCGACCCUUGUAAGAAUGGAGCCACCUGCAGUGACGGCAUAAACAGCUACACCUGUUCAUGUAUUGACGGCUGGGAUGGACCAACCUGUGAAAUAAAUGCUGACGAUUGUGCUGGCGACCCUUGUAAGAACGGAGCCACCUGCAGUGACGGCAUAAACAGCUACACCUGUUCAUGUGUUGAGGGCUGGGAUGGACCAACCUGUGGAAUAAAUGCAGACGAUUGUGCUGGCGACCCUUGUAAGAACGGAGCCACCUGCAGUGACGGCAUAAACAGCUACACCUGUUUAUGUGGUGAGGGCUGGGAUGGACCAACCUGUGAAAUAAAUGCUGACGAUUGUGCUGGCGACCCUUGUAAGAAUGGAGCCACCUGCAGUGACGGCAUAAACAGCUACACCUGUUCAUGUAUUGACGGCUGGGAUGGACCAACCUGUGAAAUAAAUGCUGACGAUUGUGCUGGCGACCCUUGUAAGAACGGAGCCACCUGCAGUGACGGCAUAAACAGCUACACCUGUUCAUGUGUUGAGGGCUGGGAUGGACCAACCUGUGGAAUAAAUGCAGACGAUUGUGCUGGCGACCCUUGUAAGAACGGAGCCACCUGCAGUGACGGCAUAAACAGCUACACCUGUUUAUGUGGUGAGGGCUGGGAUGGACCAACCUGUGAAAUAAAUGCUGACGAUUGUGCUGGCGACCCUUGUAAGAAUGGAGCCACCUGCAGUGACGGCAUAAACAGCUACACCUGUUCAUGUAUUGACGGCUUGGAUGGACCAACCUGUGAAAUAAAUGCUGACGAUUGUGCUGGCGAUCCUUGUAAGAACGGAGCCACCUGCAGUGACGGCAUAAACAGCUACACCUGUUCAUGUGUUGAGGGCUGGGAUGGACCAACCUGUGGAAUAAAUGCAGACGAUUGUGCUGGCGACCCUUGUAAGAACGGAGCCACCUGCAGUGACGGCAUAAACAGCUACAACUGUUCAUGUAUUGACGGCUGGGAUGGACCAACCUGUGAAAUAAAUGCUGACGAUUGUGCUGGCGACCCUUGUAAGAACGGAGCCACCUGCAGUGACGGCAUAAACAGCUACAACUGUUCAUGUAUUGACGGCUGGGAUGGACCAACCUGUGAAAUUAAUGCUGACGAUUGUGCUGGCGACCCUUGUAAGAACGAAGCCACCUGCAGUGACGGCAUAAACAGCUACACCUGUUCAUGUAUUGACGGCUGGGAUGGACCAACCUGUGAAAUAAAUGCUGACGAUUGUGCUGGCGACCCUUGUAAGAAUGGAGCCACUUGCAGUGACGGCAUAAACAGCUACAACUGUUCAUGUAUUGACGGCUGGGUUGGACCAACCUGUGAAAUAAAUGCUGACGAUUGUGCUGGCGACCCUUGUAAGAACGGAGCCACUUGCAGUGACGGCAUAAACAGCUACACCUGUUCAUGUAUUGACGGCUGGGAUGGACCAACCUGUGAAAUAAAUACGGACGAUUGUGCUGAUGUCCCAUGUGCACUCGGAGCCACAUGUACUGACGGUAUUAAUAGCUUCACCUGUUCAUGUGGCAGUGGCUGGAAGGGACCAACCUGUGAAAUAAAUGCUGACGAUUGUGCUAGCGAACCCUGUAAGAACGGAGCCACCUGUACUGACGGCAUAAACAGCUAUACUUGUUCUUGUGCUGAUGGCUGGGAAGGACCAUCCUGUGAACGUACCUUGGCAACCAAAACAGAUGACAUACCACUCAAAAUAGUAUUUAACAUUCCGUUGGAGGAACUAGCAUCCUCAAAUCUAACUGACCCCAACACUGUCAAAGAGCUGAUCAAUGCGGUUGAACCACCGCUGGUUCAACACUUCCAAACAAAGAUGGGGGGCUCUUUCGUAGGCUUGACAAUAACAGGAUUCUCGAGAGGUAGUUUAAAGGUAGACAUAAUAGUGAACAAAAAGACAACCGAGAAAGGUGCAGCUGACUUUGUUGACGCAGCGUUGAGUGUAACAGAUGUCACCGUAGUUAUGAACAACGAAAAGUAUGGUGCAUCAGUUCUCUCCAUCGGAAACCUGAUCGUUGAUGAAGAAACCCAGGACGGAAGUGAUUACUUAUGCCAAUUAUUUUCAGCAGCUAAUGGCCAUUGCCCUCCACAAACGGAAUGUACUGUUAUUGACUCAACACCUGUUUGCAUAAACGUUCCUCGGGAAUCCACUUCAGCAGACCUGCAUUUAAUCAUAGGGCUUGUUGUCGGACUGUCAUCAGUGAUAUUGUUCGGAUCAAUGACGAUCAUUUACUUUACGAAAAUGAGAAAACAAAAAACGGGAAGGAUUUUCAGUGUCGAUAGAUAUAAAGCAAAAAAGAAGUCGCGGUACACUUUUCCUUCGGUAAAAACAAGACACCAUAGAGAACUUUUUAAGUUGCCGGGAAGGUCUUCAGACAGACACACCCACAGUACAUCAGGAAGGAACCAACAUUGGCCAGAUGACGCUCGUCCUAGAUCUUGUUAUGACGAACUUGAGGAAGAAUACACAUGCUAAUGAUGAUACCAAUCAACAAUGACCCGGUACAGCGGAACUAUUACAUCCAAAGAAACCUACAGACUAAUAGUGUGAAUAUUUGUGAAACAUAGAUUUAUUCAUUAUAAUACAUCUUUAAUAAAAUGUGUGCUGAUUGGAUAUUUUUAUAAGUUCCAAGAUGUUUGAGAACUGAUGUAUAGUGUGCUAUUUGAUUAUAAAUGUAUAUGUUAUUAGUAAAUAUCUAAGAUCACAUGCCCUACGGUUGAAAGUAUGUUAAAGGUGUGCGCGUAUUGAUAUAUUGAUUUACGUUAUUAUGCUUUGAUUUCAUAAUCGAGAAUAUUAAUCUGUUCUAAUAAUGACAAAUGUAACUUGUCAAUUACACUGAUAGUUUGUAUUCGUGAAAUAUUGUGACAAUGAGUUUUAUAGUAAUCACUCGUAUGUUCGUUUGUUUGUUUGUUUUUCUAUCUAGUUGUCAAAGAAUAGUACGUUUCUAAUAGUCUAACCCAUUUGCUGAAUGUUUGUUAAUUUAAUAGUAUAUAUACUUACCAAUAAUAGGAUGGAUACACAUGUUCCAAAUGUAAUUAAUCCUCAAAUAACAUAUCAUGUAUUAUUAAUAAACUGCUUUAUCAAAUA